CAUGGAUUCUGCUUUAAUUCAUUGUAUUGUCCGAGAAAGCCAUUACCUAUAUAUAUAAGUAAAACCUCCUCCAUUCACUUCAUCUCACAAAACAUUGGGUUUGUCUUGUCCUUUCAGUACAUUCCAUUCGUUAAAAGAUAGUACCACAUUUCCCUUUGGAACCAGGGCACGUACGUGCAGAAACCAUCACACAUUAAUCCAUCCAUGGCUUUCUUAUCCAAGCUGCCCUUGGUUCUUUUCCUCUCUUCUCUCUUCCUCCAUGCUGCAAUAGCUGAACUUGUUUGCGAGAAUUUGCCAAAUAAUGUUUGCGCAUUUUCAAUAUCAUCGUCGGGCAAAAGGUGUUUGCUGGAGACGUCCGUGGCUUGUGAUCAUGGAAAGGUGGAGUACCAAUGCAAGACAUCAGAGGUGUUGGUUAACGGCAUCACUGAAUACAUUGAGACCGAUAAAUGUGUUGAAGCGUGUGGGGUUGAGAGGAACACUGUUGGAAUCUCAUCGGAUGCCCUUCUUGAUCCAAAAGCCACUGCCAAGCUUUGCUCUCCUGAUUGUUACCAAAUGUGCCCCAACAUUGUCGAUCUUUACUUCAAUUUGGCUGCUGGGGAGGGAGGAUAUUUGCCGGACCUGUGUGAGAAACAACGCACCAAUCCUCACCGUUCCAUGAGCGAGCUUUUGGGUUCUGGUGUGGCCCCUGGCCCUAUUUCCGGCUCUCCAUCUCGAAAAUUAUAUGAGACUGAGCUUUUGGGUUCUGGUGUUGCCCUAGCCCCUAGCCCUAUUUCCGGCUCACCAUCUUGAAAAUUAUACGAGACUGUUCCCUUCUACGUUUCUGGAGCUACAGCUCCCCAGUAAUCAUGUGACCAUCUGGAUGCAUGGUUUUUGGAGUACUCAUUAUUUUAAAAUUUAGCUUAAUUUAAUGAGGGAUUUAUAUUAGUAAAAUUGAGAGGGAAUGUGUUGGAUCAGUGAAGGAUUGAAAUUCGAGGGUCAAUCCUUCCAGCUUUGGUGUGGAGUAAUAUUGUUAUAAGGUCUCUACAUCUCACGCAAUUUGCGUGGUAAAAUUUUAUUUUGAAUAUAAAUUAUAAAAUUUGAAUUUUAUAAAUCAAAGUUUAUAAUUUAAGUAAUGUAAAUUGUUUACUCUACACAUCAGUUUGAGAAAAGAAUAACUCAAUGGAAUAUACUGUUGACAACUAUUUCAACAAUAUUAUAUGCUAUUUUAUUCAAAAGCAUAUAUAUGCUCCUUAUAAUUUUUUAAGUUGAGAUUAAUGAAUUUUAAUCAUGCGGCCUAUUUAUAUAGGCUAGCUAUAUUAUAUUC